AACUUUGUUUGUGUGCUGGUGCAAAGCAAGGGAUACAAGAUAAAAAGGGAACACCUCUUUGGAGCUAGCAAAGAAGAGGGAAAAAAGAAAUGGGAAGAUCGAAAAUACAGCUAAAGAAAAUUGAGAAUCCUACUUACAGACAUAUCACUUUUUCCAAAAGGAAAAGUGGGAUUAUCAAGAAAGCUUAUGAACUUUCUACCCUGUGUGAUAUUGAGAUUGCUCUACUCAUUUUCUCUCCUGCUGGGAAACUCUUUCUCUAUGAGGGAAAGAAAAGGUUGGAACAAAUUCUUAGGCAUUACAUUGAUCUCCCUGAUCAGCAACGUGGACGGCUGCAAAAUGAAGAGUUUAUUGGGCGAGUGAUCAAUCAAAUGAGUCUUGAAGCAAAUAUUUACCAUCAAUUAGUCACAGCUGGUAACGAAUUCAGAUAUCCAAUUGAGGACCAUGAAAAUGAAAUGCGUCUAGUCGGUGCUGAAUUGGAAGAUGUCGAGAAACAAAUAAGCUAUAUUUUAAGAAGUUCAAGUAGCAUCAAAACAUUGGGUGAAGCUGAAAGCCAUGAGCAUAUAUUGGAAGAGAUUUUGAAUCAUGUCCAAAUUCGCAAGCAAAUGUUGGAAUCUAAUCGGGGCAUUAAUCUAUCACCUUCAGAGGGAGGAUUUUAUCCAACCACCAUAAGCCCCAGUACUGGGUUUGUGAUGGGAAGUUCCAGCUAUAACCCAGAUGUGUCUCCAAAGAUUGAUCCCAGACCCCCAUGGAUGGACAUAGCCGGACCUACCGGAUUCCAACCUUUCAGCAAUCAAGCACAAACUGUCCCUGGAAUGCUACAACCCCCACUAUCAACACUUGUACAUGGAUAUAGUUUCCCUGCUCAAUAUGUCCAAAAUAAUGAGCCAACUAUGUAUUGUUGCAUGCCCCAGCCUCAGCUGGAACAAUUUGGUAAUGGUGCCUACAUGUCUCAGGCUGGAGAAUAUAUUAAUAUGAACUUACCUCCGAGAAUGAAUAGCACCACAGAACAGGGAACUGCUGCAAAGGCUGUUCAAAACCAAGCAGGCAAUGCAGCUAUAGGCUGCCACAGUGCUUUUUCACAGCAAACUAACAAAGACAGCCCUUCUCCAUUUUGAUUCUAAAAGAGUGUCCACAUGAGACGGACAAAAGAAUCUCAAUGGUUAAAGUUGCUGAACAAUAUUUAAGAACAAUUUGAAAAAAUGGUUUGUCUUUGAUGAACACACUUUUGUAUGUUUCUUUCUUGAUUUUUGGCUGGGAUUUGAAAACUUUAUCAGUUUUGUGUUUAGACCUAAGGAUUAUUAUGAAGGCUAAGUUUUGUUAUUA